GUCCCCCGUCCCACCAUGACGUUCAAGCAGGCGUCCAUGAUGGCCCCGGAGGCCACGGCCACCACCGUGCCCAUGGCCACCAUGGAGAACUCCACCGAGGCCACGGGGCCGGGCGAGAGCAAGGAGGACAUGUUCACCAAGCUGAGGGAGAAGUUCAUGAACGAGCUCAACAAGAUCCCCCUGCCGCCCUGGGCCCUCAUCGCCAUCGCUGUGGUCGCCGGCCUCCUCAUCCUCACCUGCUGCUUCUGCAUCUGCAAGAAAUGCUGCUGCAAGAAGAAGAAGAACAAGAAGGAGAAGGGCAAAGGCAUGAAGAACGCCAUGAACAUGAAGGACAUGAAGUCAGGCAACCAGGACGACGACGACGCGGAGACGGGCCUGACGGAGGGGGAAGGCGAAGAGGAGGAGAAGGAGCCAGAGAACCUGGGCAAGCUGCAGUUCUCGCUGGACUACGAUUUCCAGGCGAACCAGCUGACGGUGGGGAUCCUCCAAGCUGCCGAACUGCCAGCCCUGGACAUGGGCGGCACCUCGGACCCCUACGUCAAGGUGUUCCUGCUCCCCGACAAGAAGAAGAAGUACGAGACCAAGGUGCAGAAGAAGACACUCAACCCCGCCUUCAACGAGACCUUCACCUUCAAGGUCCCCUACCAAGAACUGGGUGGGAAGACGCUGGUGAUGGCCAUCUACGACUUCGAUCGCUUCUCCAAGCACGACAUCAUCGGUGAGGUGAAGGUGCCCAUGAACACGGUGGACCUGGGGCAGCCCAUCGAGGAGUGGCGGGAUCUGCAGAGCGGCGAGAAGGAGGAGCCAGAGAAGCUGGGCGAUAUCUGCAUCUCCCUGCGGUACGUGCCGACGGCCGGGAAGCUCACUGUCUGCAUCCUGGAGGCCAAGAACCUGAAGAAGAUGGAUGUGGGAGGCCUCUCAGAUCCCUACGUGAAGAUUCACCUGCUGCAGAACGGAAAGAGGUUGAAGAAGAAGAAGACCACAGUCAAGAAGAAGACCUUAAACCCCUACUUCAACGAGUCCUUCAGCUUUGAGAUCCCCUUUGAGCAGAUACAGAAAGUGCAGGUGGUCAUCACGGUGCUGGACUAUGACAAGCUGGGGAAGAACGAAGCCAUCGGCAAGAUAUUCACGGGCUGCAACUCCACCGGCACGGAGCUGCGGCACUGGUCCGACAUGCUGGCCAACCCCCGGCGGCCCAUCGCCCAGUGGCACUCGCUGAAGCCAGAGGAAGAAGUAGAUGCAGCUCUCGGGAAAAACAAAUAGGAAGAUCUGCUGGCCAGCGUGGCGUGGGCCUGUGGACAGUCAAAGCAACCCAGAGCUACUGAUACCUCAGUUACGCAACCUUUGGUUUCGGUUCUGUUUUAUUUUUUUUGGUUCUGUUUUAAGCUGAAAUACCCUUUGACGGCUGUGGAAGGGUUUCCAGACAGUCCCAAUAGCUUCCAGGGGAAGAGGUUUAAGACGGAUGGUUCUUUUCAUUCUCCAGCAUCGCUCCCUUUGGCCGCAUGCCCCAUCACCUCCACCCGCCAUCCCUUCCCGGCGUGAAGCCACCGCCACGCCUGGGGCUUCCCAGGCAGCCCGGCACCAGCCCAUGGCAUCGCUGCCUCCGUCCUUCCCGUGGGCCCACGUGGGAGCCAGCGAGCAUCUUUGCGUGGAGGUGACAUCAGAGCCUGAUAACGCAAGGUGACCAGGCUCACUGCGCUUGCUUGGGACAUGGACACCUGUGUGGGCACCAACACGGUGGAGAAGACCUUCUGCAGGAGGCCCGGGGGCAUCCCCGCACCCGCUCUGCCUCCCCGCAGUCCGCCCAGUUGGGAAGGGUGAGAGAUGUGGCUUUGGGCUGCCUGCGGCUGGCUCCAGGUUUGGAUUUUUCUGGGGAGAGGUCUGGGGAGGUCUUGUGCUGCAGAAGAUGUUGUCGUGGGUGCUGAGCCCUCGGUGUGGUGGCCAGACCCCACAGGAAAGGGCACAGCAGCAGCACUGUGGGCAUGCUCUGGUUGGGGCCACGGUGUGGAUUGCCGCUGUCGUGUCACCAGAGGCUGAGCUUAGGGAGCUCUGGGGUGGUUUGCACGCACCUCCCGUCACACUUGGCACGGCCGUGUGCCUCCUGGAGACACCAGAUCAAAGCCUGGAGCUCUGGGUGCUUCCACGAUGCUGGGUUACAUGGAGAGGUCCCCGAUGCUGGGGGGAGCAGGCAGCCCCGGAGCAGUGCCUGGUGCCAUCCUCGAGGCCCCUGUGCAUCCCUGGGGCUGAGCCCUGCCAUGGGCACCCCAGCAUGGCCCUGGGGAGCUCCAGCCCCACUGCUGCCUCCCACCAUCAGCGGGGAGGGUGAGAGCCAGCCCAUGGCCAAGGAGGGGCUGCAGACCCCAGGCCCCAUGGGCUGCUCUACCCCUCAUCCUUGUCCCUCUCCCCUCGGGCAGUGUGAGCUGGAAAGCCAAUGCCAUUCCCCGCGGCUGGGCAGCCCUGCCCAGUUCAGCCCAGUCUGUGCUGGAGCCCGGGGUGUCCCCGCGCCACCUCUGACUCCCCGGGAGCCUCGCGCUUGCUGCUCUGCUUGACCUUCACCUUCAUCCUGGCUGCUCCAGGCCAGCGCUGCCUUGUGCCUGCCGGUCCUCGAGGUCAUGGGGAAUGCUGUGGUGGGGAGAAGGUCCUCAGCAAGCGGAGUGAAGCAGCAAAGGGUGUUGCAUGCUCAGUGAGAAAAAGA